UUAGUAUUAAUGACGUAUUAAAUGUGCGACUCUCAGUUCGCACGUGAAAACAAUCAUCAUGGCAGUAGUGUGUUCAAAGGCAGACUGGUUUGUUUCAAGCUGUUCUACUAGUUUAGUUGCUGUAAACCUUAAACAGUCUAGAGAGCCGUUUGUGUUUGACUGUGCCAAAGCUGAGACAAAACCAAAGGAAGCUGAUGGUGAUAGUAAAAGUGCUGGGGAAGGAUCAGAGGAGAAGGACAGUGGCAGUGACAGGAUUCUUGCAUUUGCUGUCUCAGCGUCUGGGAAGCAUGCAGCGCUCACUGAUGACCACAAACGUCUUGUUCUCUUCUGUACUGAGCCAUCGUGGCAGUGCAUUAGUACCCGGUGGGUUGUGCGGCGAUGCACGUCUCUUGUAUUUACUCAGGCUGAGGAUGAAGUCUUUGUGGCUGAUAAGUCUGGAGAUGUAUAUUCAUUCUCUGUUCUGGAGCCACAAAAACCAGGAGAGCUGAAGCUGGGACAUCUCUCCAUGUUAUUGGAUGUGACUCUUUCUCCUGAUGAUAAAUAUAUCAUAACAGCCGACCGAGAUGAGAAGAUCCGAGUGAGUUUCCGGCGGUCACCCUACAACAUUCAGGCUUUCUGUCUAGAGCACAGAGAAUUUGUCAGUGCAUUGCUUGUGCCUGCGGGACAUCCUGACUGGCUUCUCUCUGGUUCAGGAGAUGGCACAAUGAAGGUCUGGCAUUAUGAGAGUGGUCGGCGGUUACACAGUGUUGACCUGAGGCAACUCACCCUCGACUCUGAAAACACAGACACAGAAAAGAGGUUUGCUGUCAGCAGGAUCAUCAGCUCACCAGAUGGAAAACAUAUAGCUGUCCAGUGUGAGAGAUUGCCCUCAGUUCAGCUCUUCGUGGUGGAUUCUGGGACAGAGGGGUGUCUGAGCCCCGCUGAGACUCUUGCUCUUCCUCAUGCUCCCUGGGACAUGACAUUUGAUUCACAGAAGCAGCUGUGGGUCUUACUGGAGACUGAAGACGUGAAUGUGCUCCUGUAUCAAUACUCGGAGCAGCACUGGAAGCUGUGUGACUCAGAGACUCCUGAACUGAGGAGGGUCACUGAAGUAUUACAAGCUCAGUGGAAUAUCUUUAAAGGUUCUGUGGGACUGGAGAGUCCGUUUAAACACCUGUUUAAAGUGAACUUCGACAACAUGGCAUCAUAUUUGCAGAAGAAACAGGAAAGACUAGAACAGGAGAGUAGGAAGAGAGCAGCAGCAGCAGCAAACGGCUCUAAACCCAAUAAGAGAAGUAAAACGGAGAGCAGCACUGUGCCUCAGAACACCAGCUGAGAGAACGUUGUCUUAUUUUAAUUUCUGCUUUUUUUGUGAUGUUCAUAUAAUUAUACAUCUCUUUUUGUUAAUCGACAAUGAUUAUAUGACUUUUUAUUCAUUCAGUAAAGCUUUACUUGGUCUAUUUUCUGAACAGUAAGGUGCUGUAUUCUGCUUUGGCCACAAGAGGUCAGUCCCGCUCAGCUACAGUCAGGGCUGUCACGCACAUCCUGGUACAGUUUCAUUAGACAACAGGAAUGAACAUACUAUUUUAUUAUAACAGUGCUCUAAAAAUGAGAUCUGUGGCUUCAGUUGUUCUUCAAGUUAGACUUUUAUUUUUCUGAGUAAAAGGGACUAAAAAUCUGUACAUCCUGUAUAAUGUUUAUACUUUUACAAAAACCAAAUAAAAACGACACAAAUGGUUCAUA